AUGUCCGAAAAGCCAGGACAACACCCACCAUCGACAUACGAACUUGACGACUUGGCUUCUUGUCAUGGUGUUCAAGAGGGUGAAUACGAAUACACCGCACUGAGGAGGCAAGGGAACAUUCGCUUGCUGCAUCUUCUACCGAGCGAGGAUCGAAGAAGCCGCUUGGUCUGCCAGCUGCGCGAGUAUCCGUUGUUGGCCUCGAACCAGGCCGAACAAAACCAGGAAUUACAUCUUUAUGAGGCCCUUUCAUAUACCUGGGGUGAUUGGUCAAACCAGAGAAGCAUAACCGUGUAUUCUCGUCGGCUAUCCGUCACCGAUAAUCUGUAUGAGGCUUUGCUGGCUCUACGAGAACAGCAUCUUCCGAGAGCUUUAUGGGUGGAUGCAAUUUGCAUAAAUCAGAGAGAUGAUUUGAAGAAGCAGGAGCAGAUUCAGCCAAGCUCUCCAUUCGAAACUGCUCGCUUCAACACAGCCGGCAUUGCUUCGCACGACAAGAGCGAGCUGGGUGAGCUGAUCGAUAUGUAUCACACCCGACAGGCUACCCUAGUGCAUGACAAGGUGCUCGCCUUGUUGGGCAUGAGUACCACCGACCCACCACACAAGACAUUCCUAAACUAUUGGGUUGGUUGGGAUGUUGUUUUCAAGCAGGUGGUAAAGUCUCUAUUCGGUGCAUUAGUGUCAGUUGAUACCUGGUCCCACUCACAGAAUUCGAUGAUGCCAACGGGCGGCAGAAGCUAUCCAUCGAGUGGAAGUUUUCACAAGCCCAACGAUUAUGCAUCGUCUGCAGGCUGGACGCUUCCACUUUCUGCGAAAUCAGUCCGGAGGGGUGACAUUGUCUGUAUCAUGAAGGGAGCGUCGAAACCUACCAUUGUCAGACUUUGCUCAAGCCUCUUCUCUAUCAUCGUGAGCAGAGUCUCGUGCUGCGGGCCAGAGAACAUCAGGAACUUUCCAUACCGCUUCUCAUUGAUAUGGGACUGGGGAUGCAGAGAGGAGCGACAGCCACAGAGGGGGCCGAGUCACCAAAGUACAGCUGUCAUUCUAGAAGCGGUAGGGGACUACAACGAUGCGGCACUGGUUCUCCUGGAUUGUGUAAGCAACUGCAAGUCCCUCGGGAGCAAAGCGCAGAGAUUAGAGACCAUCAAUCAGCUCGUCCUCCUGUACAGCAAGGCAAACCAGAUGGAAAAAGGAUUCAAUCGUCUCCGCAAAGAGCUACAAGGUCGAUAUCAGUACGACAGGGAUGAUUUGCAGAUCUUGGCCCCGGCAGCAGCCUCCCAGGAUGGGGAGGCCAUGCGGCUUCUUAUACGUCACGCGGGCGGAAUCGAUCUGACAGAAGCUGUGCUUCUCGCAGCCGUCCACAGCAAUAUGCACGGCCGUAAGGUCUUGGAGAUUCUCUUCAAUCAACCACGAUACCCCUCAAGUCCGGUCAGUGGCAAAGCAAUCACCGAGGCUGUGUUGAUAGCAGCCGCCCAAAAUAUACCAGAAGGUGCUUUAAUAUAG